AUGGCCGAUUUGAUCGAUGAAAAGCAACAUGUACAUAUUCUCUUCGUUGGUGCAGGAGCAGUAGGAUGCUUCUAUGCAUCACUAUGUCACCAUCCCAUAGAGAACAUCCACGUUUCUUUGGUCUGUCGUUCAAACUACGCCGAAGUUGCCAGGUUUGGCGUUAGACUAGAGACUCGCAGUUUCGGUGCCUAUCAAUUCAAACCACAUGCUGUCUACAAGUCAAUCGACGAUGCAGCAACCUCUUCAGCAUCGCCAGUCCAUGGAUGGGACUAUGUCAUUGUCACCACGAAAGCUCUACCCGACCUCGCUGAUACCGCCAAAGACAUUGAGCCCGUGGUAACCAAAGCAGCACAGGGAAAGACUUCAAUCGUUUUGAUUCAAAACGGCAUCGGCAUAGAGCAGCCAUAUCGUACCAGAUAUCCCACCAAUCCCAUUGUAAGUGCCGUGACUGUCGUGAGUUCCGAGAAAUCCAGCACUGGCGUGAUACACCAGAACCGAUGGACCAGGGUAAGCAUGGGCUCCUACUCUGAUGGAUUAGGCGGACAAACUCCUGAAAUGAGAGAGCUUUCCCAGGUCGGAGAGGCGAGUGCCCGCCGACUUGCUCACAUUCUACAGGAUUUCGGUAACGUGCGGGAUGCAGAGACCCAUGAUGAGAGGAGCCUGCAAAUAAUUCGCUGGCACAAGAUCUGCAUCAACGGAUCUAUGAAUCCGUCGGCCGUGCUAUCGGGUGGUGUUGGCAACGCGGACAUGGUUCAGGAUGAGGAACUGCGCAUCCAUCUCAAAGCGUGUAUGGAUGAGGUCUUCGCUGCCAUUGCUCUCAUCUUUGGCGAUGUCCCUUCUCAUCUGGCGCAACCGGAAGUGAUUCUCAGGAGUAUAGAACGAAACAAAGGCGCCAAACCGAGUAUGUUAUUGGACUGGGAGGCCGGUAGACCGAUGGAGCUUGAAGUGAUCCUAGGCAAUCCCGUUCGCAUUGCCAGAGAUCAUGGGUUGGACAUGCCGAGGUUACAGACGUUGUAUGCUUUGUUGAAGUCUGCUAGCAAAAUGAGAUCAAGGCACAAGGGUAACUGA